UUUUGUCUUACAUUCCAGUAAUAUUUUACCUUAGUAGACAUAAAAUCGAAUAUUCUAGAUCAUUCCGCCCUUUUCAAUAUGCUGCCACUGUGCCACUGUCAGUAGUUUAUAACCUUAAAUUUAUAUUCCUUCAUUUGCUGAGUAUUGAAUUUUGUAGAAACAAACUGUUGUCUGUAAAAUUUAAGUUCUUAUAGAACCUAUUGGAUAGUGUAUAAGGAAAGUAUUCAACAAUGACAAUGGAGAAAAUCGCAGAACUGAAGAAUGACAUUGCCGAGCUCGAAUCGCUAGAAAAACAAGCCACUAGACAAAAAACUAAAGACAUACUGAGCAUAGAAAUCAGAAAAUUGGUAUCAGAAGUGGUACUUUUGGAAGAAAAACUGAAAACUCAAAAUAAUCCUGUAAACUCUCCAAUCGUGAGUCCCUCUACCGGAACUGUAAAUAAGAGAUAUGAAGUUAAAAUAAAUAAUUAUGCAUGGGAUCAGUCAGAAAAGUAUGUCAAAUUCUAUAUUACUUUAAAAAAUGUACAGAGUGUUCCAGCUGAAAAUGUCACUUGUGAAUUUACUGCAAAGACUGUAAGUUUAACUGUGAAAGAUCUGGAUAAUAAGGAUCAUAUUUGGCAAAUUAGAAAUCUAUUGAAAAAUAUUGAUCCAGCAAAAAGUACAUGGAAAGUUAAAACUGAUAUGGUAUUGAUAAAUGCAGCAAAAACAUCAUCAGAUAACUGGUCACAUGUCACAGAGUGGGAGAAAAAGGCAUCAGACAGUAAAACUCCUAAAAUGGACACUGACAAAAUGGAUCCCUCAGAGGGACUAAUGUCAUUGAUGAAAAAUAUGUAUGAAUCUGGAGAUGAUGAAAUGAAAAGAACCAUUGCCAAAGCUUGGACAGAAAGCCAGGGGAAAAACCAGGCCAGUUUUAUGUAAUACAUAGUUAUAGGAUACUGCUAUAUUAUAUUAUAAUUUUUUAUACCAUAAAAAUGUUGCUAAUUCCUAAGUUUCAAUGAUUUUGUUAGUAGAAUGUCUUUCUGUUGUAAAAUCUUCCACUGAAUGACAUGUGUUCUAAGGAUAUAAUAAAAGCUACACCAUUUCCAAUAG